GGUAACCCUAGAGAAGAAAAAAAAAAAAAGUAGGAGCGGCUAAAAGGGUAAUAAAGUAAUUUCACUUAAUAAGAUAAACCAUUAACUCACCCACCUAUCCCGCCCUUGAAUUAGCCUUUUCUUUGAGUGGUCUUCUUUCUUUUUCCCCCAUCCUUUCUUCCUUACCCACCUUCUUUUUCUCUCUCCUCAUAAUAAUUUCUCUUCUCCAAACUUUCUUUCAUUUCAUUUCAUACCCACAAAAAACACUUCAGUUAUAUAUAUUUUAUAUAUAUAUACACAUAUUUAUAUAGAGAAAAAACGAAGUGCGUGCAUGGAGGCUAGAGCGCUAAAAUCAAGCUAUUCGUCAGAGUUGGCCAUGAAAUCAGUGAACCCACAAAAUCAAGUUGAGAGUUUUUGGUGUGUUACAGGUUUACCAACUGAUGAUUUCUCCAUUGAUGACUUUUUUAACCUUCCAAAUGAAGAACAAAAUGUUGAUGGGUCUUCUUCUUUUUUUGAGGAAGAAGAAAAAGACUCAUUUUCUCUCUCCUCUCAAGACCCUAUCGAUGAUUCCAACUCUAAUUCUACCAACUUCUCUCCUGGUCUUGCAAUUCCGGUUGAUGAUGUUCAAGAGCUUGAAUUAUGGUCACAUUUAAUGGACGAUUCUAUCCCUGACCCAACACUUGCAUGUCCAUGUCCAAAUCUCAUCUUAGACACGACCCGGUCUAAACCGGGUUUUUAUAACAGUUUUAUGAACCGGGUUGAACCGGUGAGUAAACCGGGUUUAGCAUUUAUACCAUCAGCGGUUCCAGUGAAACCAAGGAGCAAACGGUCUAGAACAACAACCGGUUCAUGGGUAUUCGGUUCAUCAUAUUCAUAUCAUAAAAGUGAAUCAUCUUCAUCGCCCGUGUCGACACUUCUAUUCCCUCCGCCCGUUAUGCAAUUCAGCUUCGGCAAACGGGCGGCGGGGAUUAAAAAGCCGAAGACGAAGCCGCCACGAGCUUCGUCUUCGGCUAGCUUAAAUUCAUUUUCAAUCCACCAAAGGAGUUGUAGUCAUUGCCAAGUGACAAAAACUCCGCAGUGGAGAGCCGGGCCAAGCGGCCCGAAAACAUUGUGUAAUGCAUGCGGAGUCCGGUUUAAGUCGGGUCGAUUGUUUCCGGAGUAUAGACCGGCGUGUAGCCCGACUUUUUCGAGUGAAGUUCAUUCAAAUAGUCACAGGAAAGUGUUGGAAAUGAGGAAGAAAAAAGAAGAUGGUUCAACAACAACUCCAAAGAUUUUGAGUUAGUUUUUAGGAGAGAGAAAAAAUGAAAUUUGUGAACCGGGUUCGGGAUAUAUCCGGUUCAGUUGUACAAUUUUUGGUGGUGGUUGGCGUCGGUAGGCAGGUUAGUUGUAACAAAAAAAAUUAGAGUGGGGGUGGGGGAGUUAAUUUUUAGUACUCCUAGUUUUUUUUUUUUUUUUUAAAUUUUUAGUAUUAGUAUAAUUAUCUUUGCUUAGUUUAAUUUAAUUUGUUGUAGUUUUUUUUGAUAAGGAGAAUUUGUUUUAGUUUUUACUAUUAUAAACUAGUUAUAUUUAAUUUUAGGUUUAAUUUGAUGCGAAGGUUGAUUUUUA